UCUAACACUGCCUGUGGUUUAACGCAGGCUGCUGGAGCGGCAGCAGCAGUAGAUGCUGUCCCAUCAUCAGAUCACACCCAACGGGGCUGCAGCGCACUGCUCCUCCGGCACCAACAUCAUGACACCCAGGUUCAAAACCGCAGUCUGAGCCGCACCGAGGACCAAAGCUGCGGAGGAACCCUGAAGCACCGGCCGUGGACACAUACGCACACACACUCACUCACGCACGCACACGCACGCGAAUAUCGCAGCGACCAGCAGCCUGAUAGACGGAAACGCGGAGCGAGGCGAACUCCACUGCGCCGCGGAAUUGCGCUUUUCGCUCCAGAGACGCGUCCCGCUCGGACACCCGCAAGAGAAAUUACUCCCGGCGAGUCAUUUCAUCCCGAAACAUGUCGUCAACGGGCAAGGACGCCAACAGCGGGCAUUACGCCAACUAUGUGGGACCGUACCGCCUGGAGAAGACGCUGGGCAAAGGACAGACAGGUCUGGUGAAGCUCGGCGUUCACUGUGUCACAUGUCAGAAAGUCGCCAUAAAGAUUGUCAACAGAGAAAAGCUCAGUGAGUCUGUUCUCAUGAAGGUGGAGCGGGAGAUAGCCAUUCUGAAACUCAUAGAGCAUCCCCACGUUUUAAAACUGCAUGACGUCUACGAAAAUAAGAAAUACCUGUACCUGGUGCUAGAGCAUGUGUCUGGUGGGGAACUGUUCGACUACCUGGUGAAGAAAGGCCGGUUAACACCUAAAGAGGCCAGAAAGUUCUUCAGACAGAUCAUCUCAGCCCUGGACUUCUGCCACAGCCACUCCAUAUGCCACAGAGAUUUGAAGCCAGAGAACUUGUUGUUAGACGAGAAGAACAACAUCAGGAUAGCAGACUUUGGCAUGGCGUCUCUGCAGGUCGGGGACAGUCUGCUGGAGACCAGCUGUGGAUCUCCGCACUAUGCCUGCCCAGAGGUUAUCAGGGGGGAGAAGUAUGACGGCAGGAAAGCUGAUGCGUGGAGCUGUGGAGUCAUCCUGUUUGCACUUUUAGUGGGCGCUCUGCCUUUCGAUGAUGACAACCUGAGGAACCUUUUGGAGAAGGUGAAGCUGGGAGUUUUCCACAUGCCUCACUUCAUCCCUCCAGACUGUCAGAACCUCCUGCGCGGGAUGAUUGAAGUGGACGCCAGCAAGCGGCUGACGCUAGAGCAGAUCCAGAAGCAUACGUGGUACCAAGCUGGGAAGAACGAGCCUGAGCCGGAGCAGCCUGUCCCCAGGAAGGUGGCCAUCAGGACGCUGGCUUCAGCCGAGGAGAUCGACCCGGACGUCCUGGAGAGCAUGCACUCUCUGGGCUGCUUCAGAGACAAGGACAAACUGACCAAAGACCUGCUGUCUGAGGAUGACAACCAGGAGAAGAUGAUCUACUUCCUGCUGCUGGACCGCAAGGAGAGAUAUCCGAGCCACGAGGAUCAGAACCUGCCGCCACGCACCGAGAUAGCAGACCCUCCCAGGAAGCGCGUGGAUUCGCCCAUGCUGAGCCGUCAUGGCAAGCGGAGGCCAGAGAGGAAGUCCAUGGAGGUCCUGAGCGUCACGGAGGGAGGAUCUCCGGUACCGGUCCGACGAGCCAUCGACAUGGCAACCCACGGCCAGAGCAAAUCUGUUUUCAGUAAAAGCUUGGAUAUCACAAACGCUAACUGCAGCAAGGAAGAAAGGUCGCGGUCGAUCAGCGGAGCGUCCUCCGGUCUGUCCACCAGUCCUCUCAGCAGUCCCAGGCCCCACCGGCGGUUCUUCAUCCCGCCUCAGUCCCCAGACCUGUGUCAGUCCCCCAACUGCAGCCCCACCCACUCCCCUGAGGUCCGCCUCAACGGGGUGGGGCCGCGGACCCCCAACUCCUUCCAUCCAAGGAUGGGCUCCCCCCUCAUGCACCCCCGCACCCAGACCCUCCCCGCCAAGCCCAAAGUGUCCGAGAAGCCGCUGCAGACCACCAGGUCCAACCCACUCCCCAACACCGCCCAGAACCCCUCCACCCCCAAAUCUGAGCCCACCACGCCCAGCCAGCCUCUGGCCCCCUGCAUCCCCAACAGCCCCCGGGUGAGGCGCCACCCUCCCCUCACCGUCCCUCCUAAGCUGUCCAUCCCCCUCUCCCCGGUGCCCCCCAUGUCGCCGCUCCGCCGGCACCACCUCCACCCUGACCACAACGGCAAAUGUGUCCCCAUCACGCAGGUGACCCCCCACCCCUCCCCCAGAGGGAGCCCCCUCCCCACCCCCAAGGGCACCCCGGUGCACACGCCCAAGGACAGCCCGGCCGGCACCCCCAGCCCGACGCCGCCGCCCAGCCCGUCCAUCGGCGGGAUGCCCUGGAGGACGCGGCUCAACUCCAUCAAGAACAGCUUCCUGGGGUCGCCGCGCUUCCACCGCAGGAAAAUGCAAGUUCCCACCCAGGAGGACAUGUCCAGCCUCACCCCAGACUCCUCUCCAGAACUGGCUAAGAAGUCGUGGUUCGGGAACUUCAUCAACCUGGAGAAAGAGGAGCAGAUCUUCAUCGUGAUCAGAGACAAACCUCUGAGCUCCAUAAAGGCCGACAUCGUCCACGCCUUCCUCUCCAUUCCCAGUCUGAGCCACAGCGUCAUCUCUCAGACCAGUUUCCGGGCCGAGUACAAGUCCACAGCCGGGCCGACGGUUUUCCAGAAGCCGGUCAAGUUCCAGGUGGAUAUCACCUACACCGAGAGCACCAGCGCCACCAAGGAGAAUGGCAUCUACUCCGUCACCUUUACCCUGCUGUCAGGUCCCAGCCGACGUUUCAAGCGUGUGGUUGAGACCAUCCAGGCCCAGCUGCUCAGCUCCAACGACCAGCCCGGCAUCCAGCCGCAGAUCUCUGGCAGCCCGUUGAGUAACUUCUUUGACGUAAUUAAACAGCUUUUUUCAGACGAGAAGAACAUCCAAGCGUCCCACCCCCCCGGCGCCCCCGCCACGCCUAGCUCCCCCACCAAGCAUGCCCCCAGCAGCAAGCCCAACCAGCCCCCGCCCAAUGACUCUAAAUGCCCCCCUGGCAAAGACAAAACAAAGACGGCCGCCAGCAACAGGACACAGGAACAACCUUAAAGGAGCGGUAGCUGUGCAUGACUAGCAGUAAUCAGGUCACUAAACAGAGGAGCGCUGCUAACUUUUGCCCUUUAGUUAGGAGAGAAAAACAGAAAACAGAUCUACUUUUUGCCUCUAACUUUUGUACUGUAUACCGGGAAUGGCUCUUUCAGUUUAAAAACCUGAUCAGUAUUUUACAAUAAGUAGCAGAUGUAGCUUUGUCGUCCCUACCUUGUGUCCCUCUCUGUGGGUUUCGGUGGGUCUGUGUCCUCCUCACAUGUGUGACGGCUUGACUUGUCUCUGCCACCAGGGAUCAUCCAUAAUAACUAUUAACCUUCGGCGGCUCUCGGAGACUCACGGCUCGCCGCCAUCACCGCCGCCGCCGAGAGAGUCUGAAACUGAAGAAAAAGACAGAGGACCACCCUCCCUUUCCUCCCCUCCCAUCCCUCCCCUCGCUCCUCUCCGGCCGCAUCAGUAAAGAGUCCACCUCACCAGACCAAACGCAUCUCGGAAGAGUUGUAAAAAGAAAAAAAGAAGCCUUAAGACAGUGAUGUUUGUCGAUCUUAAAACACACACAGACAUCCCCUCUCCCGCUUUGUCUUUCUUCCAUUUCUCCCACAUGUACAUAAGAGUAACAAAAACACAAAAACACUCGUCUACACAAAACUUCUUUUGCGGGAUGUAAUGACUCGAGCGGUGGAAGAAAGCGGACAAACAGACGGAUGGACAAACAAACGCUGGCUGGAUUGUAAUUCUUUUUAAUCGUCGUGUUUUUCUUUGUGAGCGGCAGGAUCUCUGAGCUGUGGCGUUUCUCUGGGUUGCCCAUAAAAGUAUGACAAAGUUUGGGGAGGGGAGGGUUUGGUGAUAUUAUAUUUAAAUGAAUGAUCUAUUCUGUUGUACAGACUAAAUAAUGUUCCGUAUGUACAAAAAGUGUAGUUGUGACAUUUUGUUUUAGAGUUGUUGCCAUAAUUUCAUUCAUUUUUUAUUUUAGGUUUGUGUUCCUGUGCAGGCGCGGUCACACCAGCAGCUCAAACAGCUCAUUUUUGAAAAGUGAAAUCAGUCGAUGCGAUGGGGAAGUUAUGCAGAUUUGGGUGCAGCAAUCAGCUUGUUAACAGUCUUUCAGUGGAGAUUUAACCUCUUUUAUUGGACCAUCAAUGUUUUGAAAUAGAGUUGCAUGAUACUAGAUAAAAGAACUGACAUUUUCUUUGAUGCAACAUGAACAAAUCUUUAUAGAGUGAUUGGGCAAGAGUGCCUCUGAUGAAAGGCAGUAGGGCUGCACAUUACUGAAAACACUGCAACAUUUUGUUUUCUUGCUAUAUAUGUAAAAAAAAUCCAAGAUUUUUCACCAUAAAUUAAUGACUAUUUGGAAUAGGUUGAUUCUUCCAGAACAUUUGGAGGCAUUUUUUUUUAGAAGUCAGAGCAUCUCAAUCUAAAAAAAAAAAAAAGAAAAAGAAAAAGCUGGAAAGAGUUGACUGUAGCUUUUCCAAUAUGAUGCAACACUAACAAAAGCAUUCGCAAUAGUUUUUUGCCUUGGAAUUGCCUUCAGGUCUGGCUUUGUAUCAGUCAUACCUUUAUGGUCAAAACUAAUUACUGUUUGUGGCUGUCAUCAAUUUAAAAUGUUUCAAUACAGCUGAUUAUUUUGGCAACCAAAUCUUCCCCUUUUCAGUAUUUACCUCCAGUAUCUCACUCACUUUGCUGUGCACAUAUGGAGCCUGCAAGUCAACAUAUUUUCUCUUUUUAAUUAAGUUGCAAAAAAAAUCCAAGAACCCUUAAAGAGGAGAGAAACUUCUCUUGGAGAUUAGUUGUGGAAAAUGUAAGGCAAUCAAACAAAGUUGUAGCUUGAUGCUUUUGAAUAAAUUUUCCUUACUUUAAAUUCCAGUAAUGCUUAAACAUCACAUCAUGCAGCACUAUUUUGACUGAGUCUUGGUUAUUAGCAACCAAGAGCCUCAUCUUGGAAACCAUCAUGCAAUUAUGUGCAGAAAAAUGCAACAAGCCAAAAGAGAAACAAGCUGGAAAUGAAAGCGGUUUUGAAUUUAAUCUUAGCAUGUUGAGACUAGUUAGCAGGUUAGCCGUUAACUCUGGUGUGGCCGGGCCUCGUUGAUCGAACACCACGUCAGCGUGUUUUUAUCUUUUCCUUCCUUUGAAUUAUCUGCAGGUUUCAGACAAUAUUGAACUGCUGUGUAUAUUUUUGUACUCGCCAUUAUUUUUUUGUUUUUGGUUAUUAAUUUAUUAUCAGUUAUUUAUAUGAAAGAUGUAGAGAAUGUUUCUUAAUGUGAAAUUAUUUAAGGAUAUUUUUGUCAUGUUUAAGUUAUUUGGUCACACUUGUGGGCGUUUGUUGCUUUUUUUCCCGGCUUUUCGACGACACAAACCUUGUAAUAUACGUUUGGGAAAAUGAUUUACCGUAAUUUAAGAAUGUAGACUUUAGCCUCUUUGAGAGGAACGAACCCUUUGUUGAUAAUUGUCGGCUCCUUCCUCCCCCCCCGUGCGUAUGAAGACUCAGAACUCACCAAACACUCAUUCUGUAAAUAAGCCGAGUUUACUGACAAGCUUAUUUAAAAAACCAAGGGGAUUCCUACUCUUAGCUUUGACCUCGUACGGUUGUUUGCAUGUUCAGCAUUCGUCUUUUCUUUGCAUGUCGUCGUUGGAAUUGUUCUCCUGUUCCCUUUUUCUCUCCACACUUAUUUAUGUAUUUAUGUUCUUUAUGUGCAUUUGCUUUAAUUUGCCUUUUUUAGUUUAUUCCUUUUUUUAUAUUAAUUUUAAUUCACCUCGCCGUCCUCUUCCCUCUUCCUCCUUUUUUGAUUACUGUGCGCACACAGUAACCGUGCAAUGCAUCCUCCUUACUCAUUCUCUCAAAGAGGGAGCUCGCUGGCGAUCGGCUCGCUCACUCAGACCAGCUGGGUGGGCGUUGGGUUAUCAGAGAGAAAAAUUAAAAGCAAUACCUUCCAUUGUUCGCUUUCCUCUUUUUCUACUGUGGGAAUCCAGAGCACACAGAAUGGACUCGGAGCACGGAGCGCUACUACUGAGCAGGAUAACCACUGGCAAUGUAUUCCCUUGUGAUGUUACUGUGAACAACUUCAGUGCUAAAGGAAAUAAAUCUGUUGACUUUG